AUGGCUAAAUUUACUAUUCCGGUGAGUAGUAGACGUUUGUAUAAACUGCUGGGUUUGUUUGCAAUCGCCAUUAUAACAAUAGUUAUCAUUGUUAAAGGUACAGACAUCACCAGCAGUCUCUCAGGUCCAAUUGAUGGAAAAUCAGAUUAUGUACAAGGCUCUAAAAAAGCCAAUGCUCCAAAAAAAGCGAGAACUAAAUAUGAUGAUAAGUACAAAUAUGUGAAAUAUUCAAUUCCUGAAUAUAAAGGUGAAAAAGUCAGAGCUACUUUCGUCACAUUGGCUCGUAAUAAAGAUUUGAAUGGGUUAAGAGAAACUAUUAAAUCUUUUGAAGACAGAUUUAAUUCGAAGUUUCAAUAUGAUUGGAUUUUCUUGAAUGAUUCAGAAUUCAAUGACGACUUCAAAGUAACGAUGACCGCUUUAAUUAGUGGUGAAGUUAAGUUUGGUAUUAUUCCAAAGGAACAUUGGUCAUUCCCAUCUUGGAUCGACCAAGACCGUGCUGCAGACACAAGAAAGGAGAUGAAAGAUAUUAUCUAUGGUGACUCUAUUUCUUAUAGAAAUAUGUGCAGAUUUGAAAGUGGUUUCUUCUGGAGACAUCCGUUACUAGACGAAUACGAAUAUUAUUGGAGAGUCGAACCAGACACUAAAUUGUACUGUGAUGUGGAUUACGAUAUUUUCAGAUUCAUGAAGGAUAAUGAUAAGAAAUAUGGUUUUACAAUCUCCAUUCAUGAAUAUAGAGCCACUAUUCCAACUUUAUGGGAUACUACUGUCGAAUUCAUCAAUUUGCAUCCUGAAUACGUUGCCGAAAAUAAUAUGUUAGAUUUUGUUAGUAACGAUGAUGGUAUGUCGUAUAACUUGUGUCAUUUCUGGUCCAAUUUUGAAAUUGCCUCUUUAGAUUUCUGGAGAUCUGAUGCUUAUAGGGACUAUUUUGACUACUUAGACCACGCUGGUGGUUUCUUCUAUGAAAGAUGGGGCGAUGCUCCAGUCCAUUCCAUUGCUGCUGCUUUAUUCCUUAACCGUACCCAAGUGCAUCAUUUCGACGAUUUAGGAUACUACCAUGGUCCAUUCCAUCAAUGUCCGACUGAUGAAAAAAUUAGACUAGCUAAUAGAUGUGAUUGUGAUCCAAACAGGGAUUUCACAUGGAGAGGUUACUCUUGUGGUAAGAAGUAUUACAAGGUCAAUAACUUAGCAAAACCAAAGAAUUGGGCUGAUUACAGUAAAUAA